GCAUCAUGCUGCUAUUUUUACAAUCAAGAAUUUUACCAAAGUCGUCGUCGGCAACAUGAAUGAGACAAUCAUUGCAAAACUGGUUCAAACGGUUGUACCUGAACCAUGUUUUACCAAAAUAUUUACAGAUUUUGAGCUGUUUAAUGUUGACUGUCUAAAGAUCAUUAUCAGCAAAUGUCUGGGAUACUCAAUUAUUCUUGGGUCAAUUCUUGUGAAGUUGCCCCAGAUAAUAAAGAUUAUGCAGGCAGGCAGUGGAAAAGGAAUCAGCAUGCUGUCCUGUGUAUUUGAGCUCCUUGCUAUCUCUGCCAACGCUGCGUAUGGCUACCAACAUGGCUUCCCAUUCAGUGCCUAUGGUGAAGGUGUUUUUCUGGGUAUCCAGUCGGCCAUUGUGAUCGUGCUUGUCCUGCUGUACGGGGGUCGAACCCUGGGUGGGAUAUUGUUUGUACUGCUGUAUACGGCCACAAUGGGAUUCCUGAUAUCCCCCAUGGCCCCUAAAGAGCUGAUCGCUGCCAUGCAGGGUGCUAACAUUAUAAUUGUGAUGGCCAGUAAGUUGAUCCAGGCAUAUGCAAACUACAGCAACGGAGGCACAGGCCAGCUAUCGGGAAUCACUGUGUUUAUGUUGUGGGCUGGAUCGUUGGCACGUAUAUUUACCAGCAUACAGGAAACUGGCGAUACCAUGACCGUUGUUACCUACAUGGCAGCGUUUUCAUGCAAUUGUGUGCUAGUUUCCCAGAUGGUGUACUACUCGAAGAAAUCAAAGACUGAAUAAAAUUGUUUAGGUCUAGGUUAAAAAAGAGUUAGGUUAGAAUUUGUUGUUAUAAAUUUAUUAAUAAUGGGUAGAAGUUUUAAUAUUUAAUGGGUUUUUUAUGCCCCUCUUCAAAGUAGAGGGGGUACAUUGCUUUGCAUAUGUCGGUCAGUUGGUACACAAAACCUUGUACAAAUGAUACGUAGAGAAUACUGCUGCAUUUAAUGCAGAUUAAAUGCACAUUUGAUUUAACACAGUUUUUUGAGAAGGGAAAGAACUCUUGGACAUACCAUAUUUAUCAAACAGCACUCAUUCUAAAAUUAGCUUAUAUGUAAAAGUAUUGAAUGUAUAGUGCUUUAUGACCUACCUAUUGAAAUGCAGGAUGAUUUUUAAAGCUGCACUCUCACAUAUUGACAGUCUUUUUUUAUUUCUUGCCUUUCAAUGAACCAAUUUUUGUGUAAAUGUCUGAAAACCGGUAAUAUAAGAAUGCUGACAAAAGAUCAGUUCACAGUUUUUCUUCUUUAUGUUCGAAAUAGAGGUUUUAAGUCCAAAAGCUAAAUAUUAACGCUCUAAAGCUGCACUCUCACAGAUGUACCGUUUUUACAACUUUUUAUUUAAUUUUUGUCUUGGAAAGAAAAAUAUUUGCGUAAAUAUCUGCAAACCAAUGAUUAAAGAUUGCUGACAAAAAAUCAGAGCACAGAUUUGCAUAUUUCCGUUUGAAAAUUAAUGUUUUAUGGCCUAAACCGUUACUAACGGUUUAAGAAAAAUGCAUAAAACAUGAUUAUUUUAACUUAAAUAUAAAAAUCUGAGAUCUUAUUUUUUGUCAGCAGUCUUAUAUCUCUGGUUUCCAUGGAUUUUCUCAAAGAUUGGCUUGUUCCAAGACAAAAAUUAGAAAAUGUUAAAACAUUCAAUCUGUGAGAGUGCAGCUUUAAUAAAGAAAAAAAGCGUCAGUUUUACAAACAAACCAGAUCUGUUCUGUUGUUCUUGUAUGACUGAAUUGAAGGCAUUUAUGCCAAAAUGAGCUAAUUCUAAAACUGUCAAUCUGUGAGAGUGAAUAUUAAAUGGACCAAUGAUGAGAAAGAUGUAAGUUUAUGAUACCAGUGUUACUAAGUGAUACAUGUACUAAUUCUGUGUUUUUAAACAAUAUUUGAUUCAUAAAUGGUAACUGGUUAUGGACCCUUUUUUGCCCCUGAAUGGAGGUUUUUUCUUGAAUAACUGAAUAUUUCUGAAUAAUAUUUUUAAUGGAAAAGGUUAGGACCUUUAUCUCAAUAUUUAUAAUGUUAUCUUUUUUAUAAAUAAAUUCUCGUGCCAAACAUAAUCAGUAAAUCCACUGUAAUGUCAGUGUACUGUACCAAAAGUUUGCCCCCAAAAUCGUAAUUAUUUCCAAAUAUUCAAAAGAGUGACCGCAGUAUUUCCUUAUUAUUUUUUGUAUAAGGUUGCUCAUGUUGCUCUGUUAAAACAAGUAUUUUCGGUUGAAAUAUUUUCUUAGUUGAAUUGUAGAAAUCAUUGACCCAGCGCUGGAAGAAUCAUGAAGUAACGUGGUACCAUUUCAAUAUUGCUGAUAAAUUGCCCAUUUUCAGAGAAAAAUAUUAGCUUUCUUAUUUUGAAGCUAUAUUUGAACCCAAAACAUAAUUGUAUACAAACAAUUGUAAUGAAGGUACUAAACCAUGGAUGCUAAAGGGUGGGUGAAAAUUUGUACAGACAAAUAAGUGGUCUCUAAACCAGUACCUGUUGUAUAUUGCUCUUAUUUCAAAAUGACAUAAAAAGGUUUGAUGUUAGAUUUUUAUAUUCUGUGCAAUUUUAUAAAUGUACAAGUAAAUGCAUUUUCCACAAGUUAUAGCCUGCACUCUUUACAAAUUAGGAUAUUUAUGUAAAAGUUUGAUGACAUGGAGUAGGAUCUUUAUAAGGUAGCUAAGAAUGGGCGGUGUGAGGGUAGCGAAGAGCCCUUCUUAAUAAUUAAGAUAUUACUUCAUGUUAUCUAACUGACUUAGAAUACAACCUCAUUGCCAGAUACAUUGUAAACGCUAAAUCUGAGUGGCAGAAGGCGGACCUUUUAACACCCUCAAAAAGUGAAAUUUUCAUUGAUUAAGCCUAGUAGUUGAUGAAUGCAUAUCUGCAAUUCCAUUGGCUGUGAAUGUAGGUUGUAUUCUAAGGUGCAUUUCAGUUUGAUGUAUAGUAUUACAGAAUUGAUAUUUAGAAUUGUUCCAUCAUAUGUAAACUAACUGUUAAAACUUUUUUGUUUAGCACUUGCUGUUAAAAUUUCAAGUUGUUUCAAAUUUAAAAAUAAAGUAAAAUAAAGUGUA